UGCUUUUUCCCCUCCUUUGCUCACAUUUAGUACGAACGCGACUUAGUUUAGCGGCUCGGCUCACAUUCACUGCAGUCUUUUAGUCGACUGGGGACGGGCGGAAGUAGGAGAAAUGACUGUAAACAGCGCGUAGCCGGGCAGUGACGUCACGGGCCGUCGAUGUCUUUUUGUUUACAAACGCCAGCAAAGAUGGCGGAUUUCUAAUCCGACUUUUGAGAGAAGGAAAGUAACGAUGUACUUUGAUGGAUGUAUUAGUAGACUGCACAGUACAGUACAAUUGACCACAAUAAGUUUUUCAACUAGCUUCCGGCCAUGCGUCAUGACGACUCCUCCUCCAGCCGCAGGAAAGGCCUCACCCCGAAACAUCGGCCGCCGCGGCAGCAGCAGACGCCCGCCUCCACGCCACACCCCCCGAGGCCAGGAAAGUCUCCGAAGAAGCGAAGGUUCCGUCCGGGUACCAAGGCCCUGAUGGAGAUCAGGAAGUACCAGAAGAGCACCGACCUUCUCCUGAGGAAGGCGCCCUUCUCCCGCCUGGUGCACGAGGUGUGCCAGACGUUCGGCAGAGGGUCCUUCAGGUGGCAGGUGUUGGCCUUGCUGGCCCUGCAGGAGGUAAGUCCCAGGCGGCCGAGGCCUUCCUGGUCAUGUUGUUCUCCGACGCCAACCUCUGUGCCAUCCACGCCAAGAGGGUCACCUUGUUCGACCGAGACUUGCAGCUCGCCCGCAGGAUCCGGGGAGGGGAGAAUCUCUAGGCCGCUCGGGGAUUCUUUCAAAAUAAAAGUCUUCUAGUCUG